CUGUUCUUAUGAAGCUUCAAGCCAGCCAGUACCACAGGUAACCAAGUGGAAAAUCACUGAUAAUAAUGGAAAUGUUAAGAUAGCAAUGGAGACCAGUUCAGUUGGGGUAACAAGUACUUACAGCAUUUCAUCAACUGAUCCAUCUGAUGCAGGAAAAUAUGAAUGUUUUGGGGAUAAUGAGUUUGAUACUGCCACUUCGUCACCAGCAACAUUGACAGUUCAAUGUAAGUAUGCACUGACUUGUUUGGAUAGUUUUGAAUUAUAAUUUUGUCUUUUCAGACUUUGGUGAUAUCACUUUGACUGUCAAACCAAGCACAACUGUUCAUGACAAGACUCAAAUAACAAUAGAAUGUACUGUAGAUGCAUUACCAGCAGCUGAGAUUCAACUAAGUCGUAAUGAUGGAAUAUUCUUGUCGUCUUCUAAUGCAACAUUGAAUAGAGAACUUGGAGGUACUAAGGAGUUUAAGUCAAAUCGUGUAAGUUACACAGUUGAUGCCAACAAGGAUUGGAUGGGAAACGUACAAUGUUAUGGAAAGAACAUUGUUAACAGUGGAGAGAAGUCAACAGAUUUUAUAGUACAAAGUCUGUGUGUAGCCUAUUAGUUAUUUAGUGUUUGUAAAGUGACACUAAUUGUUUUGCAGCACGUCCAUCCUCUCCAACACAGUGUGUAAAUAUGACAACAAUGGUUUCAACCAAGUCUGUGACGUAUUAUUUUAUGUUGGGACAUGAUGGAGAUUCAGCCAUUACAAAAGUGAUGAUAGAAUGUUACAAAGGAAAUGACAAAACUGUAGUUAAGACAAGCACUUCAACUAUCUUUGAGCAUCCCAACUGUACUGCAGCUGAAUUGACUGGUCUUACUCCUGGAACAGCAUACACCUGUCAGCUGUUUGCAGAAAAUGCUGUUGGUCGUAGCGAUGGCAGCGAUUCAUUUGAAAUUAAAACUGAUGCAUCAGUACCUGCCACACCUGUUCUGGAUCCCCAACCUGUUCAAGUUACUGAAACUAGACUAAUGGUUAGAUGGACUGUCGACUAUAAUGGUGGAGAGUCAAUCACUAAGUAUACAGUGAGAUGGAGACUUGCAUCUAGUACUAGUGAUAGUGAUUGGUUGUCACAUCCUUUGACAACUGGUUUGUCACAAGAAGGUGGUGAGCAUACAUUGGAUGGUCUUCAGAGAAAUGCACAAUAUCUUGUGGAAAUUAUUGCAAUAAACAAAAAAGGAUCAAGCAGAGGUGGUAGAAACAUGUACACAACGCUAUGCUUUCCUGGUCAGAUUACUGAGGUUGAAAAAAUAGAAUUAAAUAGAGAAGUUGACAAUCCAUCCACAACUGUCAAGCUCUCAGUCACUGUUCCGGAUGACAAAGGUUGUGGUGAAAUUACUAAUUACAUUGUCACAGAUGUUGCUACUGGGGAAGAACUAACAUCAGAAAUCGUUGCGAGGGGUGAUGAUAAAGUGACUCUUGAAGUGUCAGGGUUGGAAGCUGAUAAAGAAUACCAACUGCAGGUGUCUGUCAGUAAUUCAAAUGGUGAUAAAAGUCCAGCAUCAGCUGCAGUUACUAUCGAAACUGAACCGUUUGUGGAGUCUACAAAUGCACCAGUUGUGAAUGACGAUGGCGGUGGUUUGGGAACAACGGAAAUUAUCAUCAUUGCUGUUGUUGUCAGUGUUGUGUUGCUACUUGUUGUGAUUGUGAUCAUUGUAUGCCUGAUUAAAAAGAACAGGAGUGGAGACCAAAAGUAUGAUGUCAAAUCCAAAUCAAAGAGUGAACCAAGUCCUUAUGAAGAACGUGAUCUGAAUAAUCCGAAAAGUGAGAAGACAGCAUCGUCUCCUCUCAAGAACGUUUCAAAAAGUGACAGAGUUGUCUACACAGAGGUGGAUGUGCAAGACAUUGACCCAUCGACCUCUAAAUCUGCUUCAUAUCAAAGAGAAAAAGUGGAAUAUGCUGCCAUUGAUCGCGAUGCCACACGCAGAAGACGUGAAGAAAGAGAUUUGGAAACGAAGCAUAAGCAAUAUGACGAACCAGGUGACGAGGAACCACCGCCAGUUCAUCAUGGUGAUGGUGAAGGCGUGGGCGGUGCUCAGCUGUCCAGUCUCGUGUGAGUAAGGGAGUCUCAAUGGAAUGUUGUUAGCUCACAUAGGUAUGAGCCAUGGCAGGUAACAGUAAAAGUGAGAUUUGGUGAACACACUGUGGAUUGUAGAACGUAUUUAGUAAACUGUUUUUGGUUUUUCGGUUUUAGCUGAGUAGGUUUUAGCAGAAAGCCACCGCAUAAUAAUCGAGUGGUUACUAUGUCACAAAUUUUAAACAUUUCAGUAGAAUGAAUGUGCUGAUCUUUUUUAGCUGUUGUGCUGUAGUAAACUGUUGCAAACUUGCUGUGCUCAUAAUUUUAUCUGUUAACUGUCA